CAUGUAUCUUACCUGGUAAAUAUAGAUAUAGAUAUACAUUGUGUGUGUAUCUUGCAGCCUUUCUGCUUUCUGAAGAUGCAUUAAACACAUUCACACACAGUGAAGACACCCACCCACAUGGAGGUGAAAGAAAGAAAUUAAAGUGCAGGAAUCUUGAGAUAAACCUUUUCCUUUUCUCAUCUCCUGCACCUCCAUUUAAUGCUCAAAAAGCUUCAAUCUUUUUCAACAACACUUUUAAAGAGCAUUUCUUCUUUUGCACUCAAGAUCAAGAGGGUCUUGAUAUGUCACAAAUAUUAGUUGUUGUACUCUUGGCUGUUCUGUUUGUACAAAUUCAUUGUUCCAAACCACAUAAUAAUGCCACUCAAGAACAAACCCUUUUGGAAAUUCAACAUCUUUUGUAUUAUCCUGUUGUGCUUAAAAGUUGGAACAAUGCCACUGAUUUCUGCAACACAGUUCAAAGUACAUAUGUAACAGUUGUAUGUUAUGAAGAUGUAGUUACACAACUUCACAUAAUCAACACCGAUAAAUCGCCUCCCUUGCCUGAAGAUUUCUCGGUAGACGCUUUUUUCGCGGCACUUGUUAAGCUUCCUAGCUUAAAAGUCCUUAAGUUAGUUUCAUUAGGAUUAUGGGGAGGAUUACCCGCUACAAUUUCGCAAUUAUCGUCGUUGGAAAUACUUAACGUGUCUUCGAAUCACUUCACCGGUACGAUCCAGCCCGAAAUCACAUCGUUAACCGAUCUACAAUCGCUUGUACUCGACGACAACAACUUUACGGGCUGGAUUCCGGCCCGUAUUGGUUUCUUAUCGCGUUUAUCGGUUUUGAGCUUGAAGAACAAUAUGUUAAGCGGGUUGUUGCCGGAAUCUUUAGGGAGUUUGGUUGAUCUUCGGGUUCUUGGGCUUUCGUACAACAAUUUAUCGGGCCAGGUGCCCGAUCUACGUAGAUCGAGAAACCUUCAAGUUCUUGAACUUGAAGGUAAUUCUCUUGGACCCGAGUUCCCUCGGGUCACAGAUAGAAUUAUCUCGAUUACACUAAGGGAUAACAAGUUCACCGCGGGUCUACCCGAAGAACUACGUUCGUUUUAUCAACUCAAAAGGCUAGACAUAGCGUCAAACCGAUUCACGGGACCCUUUCCGACUUGGAUACUAUCUUUACCAUCAAUAAAUUAUUUAGACAUCGAAGGGAAUCGGUUUACCGGAAUGCUUUUCGAAGAUCUUGCUUGUAACCCUGAGCUCGAAUUCGUGGACUUGUCGGCUAAUCUUUUGACCGGGAAACUACCUAACUGUCUUGUGUCUUCAAAGGCCCGGAAUGUGGUUUAUGAUGGGAACUGUUUGACUACAAACAAUGGGAAUGAAAUCAAAAGUCAAAAGCCGAUCUCGUUUUGUAGCAACCAAGCUUUGGCUGUAGGCAUCAUCCCUAGACCACACAGGGAUGGUAAGGGCUCGAAAGUAGCCCUUGUGUUCGGGCUCACCGGUGGGAUUAUCGGCGGGCUCGUUUUCGUUGGUGUAGCAUUCUUGAUUUUCCGGCAUGUUCAUGGUAAAAAGGCGGUGAAAAUGCAGCCACCGGUACCAGAAAAUGCUCCUGCUUCUUCUUACACUUCAAAGUUGCUUUCAGAUGCAAGAUACGUUACUCGAGCAAUGAAGCUAGCAACACUUGGUGUCCCCCCUUACCGAACGUUCUCGUUGGAGGAACUCGAGGAAGCUACUAACGGCUUCAACACAUCUACGUUCAUGGGUGAAGGGUCUCACGGUCAGAUGUACAGAGGCCGACUUCGGGACGGAUCAUACGUAGCCAUCCAAUGCCUGAAAAUGAAACGAAACCACAAUACGCAAUGGUUUACUCGUCACAUAGAGUUGAUCUCGAAACUCCGACACCAGCAUUUGGUAAGCGCUCUUGGACACUGCUUUGAGUUUUAUCUGGAUGAUUCAAGUGUCAGCAGGCUGUUUCUGGUGUUCGAGUAUGCACCGAACGGGACGCUUAGAGACUGGAUUUCCGGGAAGAACAAUGGAAGAAGUUUGUCAUGGAGUCAACGAAUAGCAGCGGCGAUCGGCAUAGUGAAGGGGAUUCAGUUUCUUCACUCGGGUAUCGUUCCGCGGUUGUUUUCAAGCAACCUGAAGAUAACAGAUGUCUUGUUGGAUCAAAACUUCAAUGCAAAGAUCAGCUGCAAUAAUCUGUCAUUGUUGAAUUCGAACAUCGAAAAGGACGGUGCGCAAGGUUAUUUCAACAGAUUCAAAGAACCUAAUCGUGCAAGGGUUAGCAAUCCGGAGAAAGUCGACGUGUAUGAUUUCGGUGUAAUACUACUCGAAAUCAUAUUAGGAAAACCGCUAUGCACACAAAAGGAAAUAGAGUCCGUAAAAGAACAGUUUCAAGCCAGAAUUACAUCCGACGAUGCGGCUAUAAAGGAGAUGGUUGAUCCAGCGGUUCGUGAUGCAUGUUCCGAUCAAUCGUUAACAACAAUAGCGGAAAUCUGCUGCAGGUGUUUGGUAAAUGAUCCAUUAGAGAGACCUUCUGUGGAGGAUAUGUUGUGGAAUAUGCAAUUUGCUGCACAGGUUCAGGAUGCUUUGCACAGUAGUGAAGGAUCUCCGGUUUCGCAUUCGCAACGCGCGAUCAUACAGCAGUAGUUUUACUUUUGCAGUAUGAGAUAAAGUAGAUAUUAUUAUUGUCUAAUGGGAUUUGAUUUGUAAAGAGGAUUAGAGUUGUAGCUUACUGUUUUGUGACAUUUAUAUGUAACAAUAAUAUGUGAUAAUGAAUUCUGUUAUAUUGUAUUGUAACUUGUUAGUAGUCAAA